CGAUCAUUUGGCAUCCGCAAACACACAAUCUCCCCAUCUUUUCAUAGUCCGUCCGGCUGCGAGCUUUCCUUCUCUGUCUUAAGGAAGAAGAUGACGACGGCGCGAGCAGGUGCUGCUUUGGGACUGGCCCUGAUUGGCCUCGUGUUGGCGAGCCUGAGCGGGUCUUGCCAAGGCGCGCUUCAGGUUGGGUUCUACAAUGGCAAAUGUGGGUUCUCGGAUGUCGAGGCCAUCGUGGCCGGCGUCGUGGCGGCCCAGAUCGGGAAAGACCCUACCAUCGCCCCCGCUCUCCUCCGCAUGCAGUUUCAUGAUUGCUUCGUCACUGGUUGCGACGCUUCCAUUCUUCUGGAUGGAAAGUCGAGCGAGAAGACGGCACCACCGAAUUUGAGCGUCAGAGGCUACGAUGUCAUUGACGCAGUGAAGGCCGCCGUGGAGGCCGUAUGCCCCGGAGUCGUUUCCUGUGCCGAUAUCAUUGUAAUGGCCACAAGGGACGCCGUCUCCUUGAGCGGAGGAGGUCGGUACAAGGUAGAAACGGGACGAAAAGACGGGCUCGUAUCACUCGCGUCCAACGUCAAUCUGCCCCCUCCCUCCAUCUCCGUCGACAACUCCAUCGCGGCAUUCGCUCAAAAGGGACUCAACGUUUCCGACAUGGUCCUUCUUCUAGGUGGCCACACGAUCGGCGUUGCUCACUGCUCGCUCUUCCAAGACCGCCUGUACAAUUUCCAGAGUACCGGGAAACCCGACCCAACCAUGGACCCUUCAUUGGCUUCCGCCCUAAGGUCGACGUGCCCUAACCCUCAGACUAAUGUCGACAACAUUGUCAAUCUCGACCAGAACCGUUUGAGUGCUUCGAUCGUCGACAACUCCUUCUACAAGCAGAUACUCGCCCAUAGAGGGAUACUGCAGAUCGAUCAGGAGAUCGCACUGGACGGGCAGACCAAAGACAUUGUGGGAGCGAUCGCGGGUGGGCUCGACUUCUCGGCUAGGUUCGGCCAAGCCAUGGUCAAGUUGGGCACACUCCAGAAUGGCUCCCCGGGGGAGAUAAGGCAAUCCUGCAGAGCUAUCAACACGGCUCGUAAGCUGCCUACUUCCAAAGAUGAGCAGAGGACAGGCAAGAGGCAGCAGCAGAGAGACAACCUGAGAGCCCGUUCAAUUCCAAAGCGUGGAUUUUAGGACUGAAUUCAAGACUUGCUAUUGCCUUGCCAUCUUUUUCCCUGAUUACGUUUGAAUUUAUACUCAUUUGGCUUUUGUGUUUCUCAUAUUUCAUUUGAGAAUUCUAUGUCAUGUGGUGUCGGCUAAUAUAAUUGAAUAUUAAAUUUUUA